AUGCCCGGCAUUAUUCCUCAGCCGACUUCUCUUGCUAUCCCUCAUGGUCCCUCUGAGCUGCCUGUUGGCUCCGACCCUUUCCUCAUUACAGCUCAGAAUGGCUAUCUUCCCACUCAGCUGCCUCUCCGCAGACUUCCUGCAGCCUUUGACGCAUUGAGUGACAUCCUCGAUGACAUGCCCAUCCUUAAGGAGGAUGGUACUGCUGGCUUGCUUGCUACCUUUAAGCUUGGUCCUCUUAUCGACUCUGGAGCCCUGCCUGACCUCACUUCCGAGAUCGAUAACCUUGUCAUCGCUGGCACUGGCGAGGUUGACAUGCCUGCUAUUACUGCCGCUUUCCGCGACUACUCCUUUGUUGCUUCGUCUUACCUGCUUGAACCCUGCUGGAAGGUGUACAGCAACAAUCCUAAUGACGGAUAUGGACUUGGUCGUCAGGUCCUUCCUAAGUGUAUCGCUGGGCCUCUUGUCAAGUGUGCCGAGAUCCUCGACAUCCCUGCCUUCAUGUCAUACGCUGCAUCCUAUGCUUUGUACAACUACUACCUUGUCGACCCCUCCAAGGGUCACGACGACUACGCUAACCUCCGCCUGAUCCGUGCUUUCGUGAAGGGCCUCGACCCGAAGUCCUCUGAAGCAGGCUUCAUCCUCACUCACAUCCACAUGGUCGCUCAAACCGGCAAGCUGAUCGAAGGUUCCGCUGCUGUCGUCGAAGCCGUCUCUGCCGCUCGCACCGAGCAGAAAGACGAACACGCCAUUGCAGACGCCAAAGUCGGCCUCACAUCGAUCCUUCAAGCCAUGACCGUCAUUGAAGCCAACAUGGAGAAGAUGUGGGCCAACUCUUUGCCCAAAGAUUACAUGACCUACCGCACCUUCAUCUACGGUAUCACCAAUCAAUCCAUGUUCCCUGACGGUGUCAUCUACGAGGGUCAAUACGAAGAAAAGCCUCAAUUCUUCCGCGGCGAGUCUGGCGCCAACGAUAGCAUUAUUCCUCUGCUCGACCACCUUUGCGAGAUCCCCAUGCCUGAGAACCCUCUUACUCAGAUCUUGCGCGAAUUCAGACAAUACAGACCCAAGCCUCAUCGCGAGUUCCUCACUUCGAUCCGCGAAAAAGCCGCUGAUGUCGGCGUCCGUGACUACCUCACCCACUCCGGCGACUUGGGCGCUGUAGUUCUCUACCUCCGCGUCCUAGACCACAUCCGCAGUUUCCGUUGGAGACAUUGGCAGUUCACUCGCGAGUACAUCAUCAAGCGUACUUCUCACCCCGUGGCGACUGGCGGGUCUCCCAUCAUCACCUGGUUGCCCAACCAGCUUGCCGCAGUCAUGCAACUGAUGGAAGAUGUUUGCAAGGGCUCUGGCCUGUGGGCUAUUCUCGCCGAGGGUGUCUGGAACGGUGGCGGUGCCGAGGGAUCCUUGACCAAGAAGGAGUUCGAGUUGAUCAAGGAUAUCAUGGACAAUACGGUGGAUCAGAAGACAAAGUUGGCAAAGGAGGUUGAGAAGUAUUGUCAGGAUAGAGGUGUUGAUGCUAAGGCUGUUUGA